UUGGAUGAAAGUUUUUUUUGCCUUAUUCCAGGGCUUUUCACUAUGUAUAUAGAGUUGGCAGUGGCAUUGGUGCUUGGGGCAGUGGUUGCCCUGGUGUUUUUGAGGAGGAAGAAAAAAGGUCCUCUAAAAGCACAGGAUAACUGGUGGGGUGUGGGAAGUCGACCCCAAGAACCUGAGGAUGACAGCAUUCGCCCUUUCAACAUUGAGACAACUACAGAGGAGAUUGAGGAUCUGCAUCGAAGGAUAGAUCAGACCUGCAGUUUUCCAGCUCUUGAAGAAAGUCAGUUCAACUAUGGCUUCAACUCCGGAUACCUUGAGAAAGUUGUUUCUUAUUGGAGGAAUAAUUUUGAUUGGAGGAAACAAGUGGACAAACUGAACCGAUAUCCUCAUUUCAAAACCAAAAUUGAUGGAAUUGAUAUUCACUAUGUCCACGUGAAGCCCAAGAAGCUGCCAGAAGGAACCCGUGCUGUGCCUCUGAUGAUGGUACAUGGAUGGCCAGGCUCUUUCUAUGAAUUUUACGGUAUAAUCCCUCUGCUUACGGAGCCAUCCAGCCCUGAUGACAUUGUCUUUGAAGUUAUUUGUCCCUCCAUACCUGGCUAUGGUUUCUCUGAAGCCCCUCAUAAGAAAGGUUUUGACUCGGUGUGUACAGCUCACAUAUUCAAUAAACUGAUGAAGCGACUUGGUUUCGAUCAAUUCUACGUUCAAGGAGGAGAUUGGGGUUAUCUUAUCACUACUAAUAUGGCCCAGCUGGAGCACAACACCGUAAAAGGUCUCCAUAUUAACUUUGCUGCCCCUGAACCAGGCCUUCUCAUGGUGUUGUCUUUACUAUUUGGGCGAUGGUUUCCCAAACUAUUUGGCUUUACUGAGCAUGAUUUGAAACGUAUCUUUCCCUGUGUGAAGAAGCUUGUGGUGGAUGUCAUUAAAGAAACUGGAUAUGUGCACAUACAAGCCACCAAACCUGACACUGCGGGACGUGGAUUGAAUGACUCUCCUGUUGGUUUGGCUGCCUACAUAUUGGAGAAGUUUUCAACCUGGACCAAUCCUGAAUUUAGGGAUCUUGAGGAUGGUGGAUUGGAGAGGAAGUUUUCUCUUGAUGAUCUACUGACAAAUGUGAUGAUCUACUGGACCUCAAGGUCCAUUAUAUCCUCAAUGCGGUUCUACAAGGAGAAUUUUAGCAAAGGUCCCGAUCAGGCCCAUACAAAAAUUCCUGUUUAUGUUCCAGCGGCAAUGGCCUCUUUUCCCAAUGAGGUCAAGCACAGCCCCAAACUGUGGGUCAAACAGAAAUACUUGAACCUCAAGACCUACACUCAUAUGGCUCGCGGUGGACACUUUGCGGCUAUGGAGGAACCGCAGUUACUGGCAGAGGAUGUUCAGAAGUUUGUGAAGAUUGUGGAAAGAAAGAUGAAAUGAGGAUAGCUCAUGUGC